AUGUCGCGAUCUGUACGCUCCUUACUCUACUGUAUCAUCUUCGCUUCAAGCUUCUUCUUGAUGACCAAUGCUCUUACUUGUCGUCAAGACCAGAUCCAAGCCUUGAUGCAAUUCAAGAACGAGUUUGAAUCCGACGGUUGCAACAGCAGUGACUAUUUAGACGGAGUCCAGUGUGAUAACGCGACUGGUGCGGUCACGAAGCUUCAGCUCCCAAGAGGUUGCUUCACUGGAACCCUCAAACCCAACAGUAGUCUCUUCGGACCCAUACCUUCUGACUUACUACCCAGUUUGCCUUUCUUGUCUUAUCUUGAUCUGAAAAAGAAUCGGCUCACUGGUUCUAUUGAUGUACCCAACGCUUCUUCUUCAUCUAGGCUAGUGCAUUUGUCCCUUGGGUAUAACCAAUUUGAAGGACAAAUCCUAGAGCCUAUCUUAAAGCUCACCAACCUUAACUAUCUUGAACUUUCCUCCUUAAACAUAAGUUAUCCAAUUGACUUACGCGUCUUCUCUCCUCUCAAAUCUUUGUUGGUCCUUGAUCUUCGUGAAAAUAGGUUAUUACCAGCCAGUUUAAGUUCAGAGUCAGACAUUCCAUUGAGCUUAAAAAGCUUGUUUUUGGUGCGAUGCGACAUUAUCGAGUUUCCAAACAUCUUAAAGACCCUUCAAAAUAUGGAGCUUAUAGACAUUUCCAACAAUCUAAUCAAAGGAAAAAUACCUGAGUGGUUAUGGAAGCUUCCUCGUCUUAACUUAGUGAACCUUGUUAACAAUUCUUUUACCGGGUUUGAAGGUUCUUCAGAAGUUUUAGUUAACUCAUCACUGCGGAUAAUGGAUUUUGCCUAUAACUCAAUGACAGGAGAGUUUCCUAUUCCACCACUCAAUUCUGUCUACUUGUCUGCGUGGAACAAUAGUUUCACAGGGAACAUACCACUCUCAAUUUGCAACCGAAGCUCUCUCAUCGUCCUUGAUCUAUCCUACAACAACUUCACCGGUCAAAUUCCUCAAUGUCUGAGUAACUUAAAAAUAGUGAAUCUCCGGAAGAACAGCUUGGAAGGAAGUAUACCUGACGAGUUCUUUAGCAAUGCUUCGAUACAGACACUUGACGUUGGCUACAAACUAUCAGGGAAUAUUCCUAGAGGACUCGGGAGCCUCUCGUUUCUGGCGUACAUAAGUGUGGCUCAUAACCAACUUAAAGGUGAAAUACCAGAAGGACCACAGUUUAGUGGACAAGCUGAAUCAUCAUUUGAAGGGAAUGCAGGUCUAUGUGGUCUUCCUCUCCAAGGAAGUUUCUUUUCACCACCAGCACAACAGCCUAAAGAAGAAGACAAAGAAGAAGAAGAGGACGAAGUGUUAAACUGGAAAGCAGUGGUUAUAGGGUAUUGGCCUGGACUCUUGUUUGGACUGGUAUCAGCACAUGUUAUUGCUUCAUACAAGCCAAAGUGGUUUGUCAAGAUAGUUGGUCCAGAUAAGGGCAAGGAAGUAGAUCCAGUUAGAUUGUUUAUGAAUCUGGAUUCAAAAUGGGACAGUUUUAACAAUAAGGAUAGUGUAGAACAAGAAAGUAAUAUGAAAAUAUAG